UGUAUAUUUGGGUGAUGUUAGGUCAAUGUUAUUGUGAAUUAUAAUGGCCACCGUGUCUUUCUUUUUGUGCUGAACAAAUUGUCCUGAAACGCAUUCUGCGACCAUGGGGAACUGUUUGAAAGCCCAUAAUAACGAUGAUAUUUCUCUUUUACGUGGAAAUGAAUCUUCAGAUGUCCUUGAACAACCAAGCGGACCCCCACCACCGUAUCAUCACGAACCCAGUCAGAGGGCUCAGCUGUAUUACCCAAGUCCCAAUGUGAGUCGCCCAGCCAACCAGCUCACAGAAGAAGAGCAGAUCAAGAUUGCCAAGCGACUGGGACUUAUCAGUCACUUGCCUACUGGCAUUUAUGAUGGUACAUCAAAAAAGGGAAAAGAAUGUGCGAUCUGUAUGUGUGACUUUAAUGUUGGAGAGAACCUUCGGAUUUUACCGUGCAUGCAUUCUUACCACAAGGAAUGCAUUGACGACUGGAUGAUGAGAUCUUUUACCUGCCCCUCCUGCAUGGAACCAGUUGAUGCUGCGUUGUUAACAACAUAUGAAACCAGUUAAUCAGCUCAAGUAAUUAGUGUGAUCUCUACAUGUGUAUGCCAACAUCAGAGGCAAACAAUACACUGGAUAUGUCAUGAUGCUAUCGGCAGACAAUCAUUCUGGCUGUCUUGAUCAGUUUGACUUCAAAUGAGUCUCACCCCAGUAUGAUAUUUAGCGUAAAAAUGUUUCUUGCUUAUGCAAGAUGCUGUGCUAGAUAGCAAAAACUUACAAAACUGCUUGCAGGAUACUAACAAAUAAACAUUUUUAACCACCUAUUUUAUGUUAAGUGCUUUGAUGCUUGAGCAAUAUUUAUAACAUGUUAGAUAUAUGAAAUUGAUUAUUGUCUCGUACAUGUACAAGCAGGGCAUUUCUUGUUAAACUCAUGCAUACUGAAAUUUCAUAUGAAGCAACAUGAUCUGUUAAAAUACUGCUGGCUACUAUUGUUCAAUUCACACUUUUGUUAUACCUGAACCAUCUGCAGAGAUGGUGAUGUGUUCAUAAUCAUUGACAAUAUGAGAAAGUAAGUCUUAUUGUCUACAAUUGUACUGACAUCUAGACUUAAAAUAUAUUAAUUUUACUAAAA